AUGAAUAGCAACGAUUUUUCAAGAUUAUCAUACAAGGAAUUACAAGCUUUAGCCCUAAGAUACCGGGUACCAGGUAACAUAAAGAAGAAGUUACUGAUUAAAGUGCUACAUGCCGCGAAAGGCGGAAAUGAAAACGAGGUUUCAAGGCUGUUGCAAGAUCUUAAGCAGAAUCGUAAGAGGAAAGUUAGAAAAAUCAAAAUCGGGAAACUCGGGUUAACCUCCACACCAUUACAUAGUCCUAAUUACGUUAUGGCCGAUGAUUAUUAUUGCCCACAACAGCAACCACCUUAUCAGUGGGUUGGUGCAGAAGAAGAAAUUGCAAGUAGGGAUGAUGACAAUAGAAUUCCUCAUUAUGAAGAGUUUAAGCAAUUCUUACUGAAGAGAAUACAAAGGGAAUUUCAAACAUAUGAUACUAAUAACAAUCAAGUACAAGAUUCAAACAUUGUGGAUUUAAGAACAGCAACAGUUUCAUCUGAUGUGCAAAAAGUUCCUUUGGAUGCUACUAUUUAUGGUAGAUCUAAUACAAUUGCUGUUAAUAGUACAGAUUCAUUUGUAUAUCAACCAACUGAUAAUGUGGAAUAUCAAACAUUGGAAGAUCCCAAUAGUAAUGUGCAAGGGUCUAUACUUCUGAAGAAAAUGUUACAAGCACCAGUUGGAGCAAAUUUGGGAGAAAUAGCUAGUCCUGUACAUGGAAGUUACCGGUAUUGGACAAUGGAACAGUAUCAGCCUAAUGAUUUAUUGGACAAUUCUGAUACUCUAACUGCUGAAUCAGACAAUCAAGAUAAUGAGGAAAACUUGGAAAAUAAUACAGAGUGUUAUGGACUUUUGGGUGCAAUAAAGGGAGAGUAUUUUUUGAAUGAACCAACUUUGGUCAGAAAUGUUGAUGAAAUUGGUCAACAAAUAUCAAAUGUUUUAACCAAUGAAAAUGUCAAUCAGUACUGUUAUCCUACCACAAAUAUUGAUAUGCAUCAAGAUUAUGAGAAUUGGACUGUUACCAAUGUUAUGGAUGCAACAGAUAACAACUGUGCAACAUCAGAUGUCCAAUCAUCAAAAGUAUUUCACACCAUGUAUUAUGAUAAUAUGGGGUCUGAUAACUUAAAUAAACCAAUAAAGGAUGAAAGUUUAACAUGUCAGUAUCGAAUAACAGAAAAUGUACAUCCAUAUAAUUCUAAUCAAAAUAUAUUAAAUAUGAAUCCACCAGAAGAAAAUCAGUAUUAUGAAACAAAUAUUGUUCCUAGUGUGCAGUCUGAUUGCACCAAUACAUAUUAUUUACAAAAUUUAAUUAAAUCUAGUACAGAAACCAAUGAAGUAUACUUGCAAAACACACAUACUUUUUCAAAUGCUAAUACAGAUCAAGAUACAUAUACAACUAGUGUGUCCCAAACAUUUUCUAACAAUAAUCACUAUAACACUGAUCUGCCAUAUGAAUACCCUUCUUCACACAAUAAUCAAGGAAAUAUCCCAUUGAAUGAACAUUUAAAACCCCAUGAACAAACUUGUAACUCUACAGAACAAACUGAAUCCAGUGUUCACAAGAAUAUAUCUAACACAUCAGAGAAGAUACAAACAAAUGGAAUACUAGAUCCAUUUUUACCAAGAAAUGUUCCUAACAUUCCUACAGAUUCCAUUCUGGAGAAUAUUUUAAAUCUCAUUAGUACUAAACGUAUAGAUUUAUCGAAAUUGGAUCAAACUUCUUGUGUAUAUUGUUAUAUUGCCCCUAUUGUCACUCAUACACCAGUAUUAUCAAAUAUAACUUGCUCACAAAAAGAAAGGUUUGUUGCAGAAUAUAGGCAACAUUCUUUUUCUCCAUAUUGGCUGCUCUAUAACGAUACCACGAGCGGUAUGCGAAUGGCUAAUCUACAAACAAAAGUCGAUGAAUCUAUCGUUGAAGAACCGCGAGUAUUACACACACCAAUAUCGAACAGUAAUUCUGAUUUAAGAGAUUCGAUCGAAGAAAGUGACGAUUCCAUUACUGAAGUAUGGACGCACAAUUAUUCGAAUUAUGAAACGAUAGUCGAAAAAGAUGCAAAUAUGUGCGAAGAUUUAAACAUUGAAGCCACAGAUUGUUUAUUUUCAGUGAUAAAUACCGAACCAUUGGUUAGUCAAGUAGAUGAUCUCUCUAAGAGCCAAAUUCAAUAA